GGGUAGAGCUUCACUAACAUUGUAGCGUAACCUGAAAUCUAAAGCAAGCUUGCUCAAAAAAUGUGUUAUGCAACGACCUUAUCUAUUUUAUUUACAGCUUUUCUUUUGAGGAUACAUUGGAUUGCUUCGGUUUCGAUUCCGAGUUCCAAUUGCUACGCUUUCGAUAAUUCUAGUCAUAUUGUUGAUUUUAGUAGCUGGAUUGGAUACCUGUUUGAGUAUGAUGUGCAGCAAGAUACUGACUUAGCGGUUCGAUUUUGCAAAGACGUCGAAAGCAGAUCACAAACGGAGUUCUAUAACGGUGACUUGAUGGGUUGUGAGCAAAGUUAUGAUAAAAUGGGACGAACCGCGCAGGUCAACAUCAUCUGUGGGAGUUGUCCGAAUGGACAAUGCAAAGGUCGUCCUGGGUGCAUAUGUAGUGUCACUUAUGAAUCAAAAUGCAGAGUUUCAGUUGAACUUGCUUUACCUUGUGAAAAACCGGGCCCACAAGUAUUUCAAGGCUUCACAGUUGGUUUUCAUCCACGAUCAUGGGAAAUUGUUUAUAAUGGUAUGACACAAUUUGGAUUUGAGAAAUCCAACCGUGAUUUUAGCUUUCAUGCAAAGCAAUCCCAGGUAGUUCUUUUUAUGACUGCAAUAGCUUCACACUCAUCCUUGGUUCAAAAGCCAAGUCUAAAGGUUCGUCCAGAGAAAGGCUUGGAAGUUAAAUUUUCUGGAUCUGCCAACCAUGGGAAGCCUCCUACAACUCUGUCACCUACAAUGUUGAUUGUGGAUUGGAGAUGUGAAGUAGCCCGUGAUACUCCAUAUGAAGUUAAUAUAACAAUCCCAAUUAAGGGUUAUGAGCCUAUUGAAUUUGUGCUUACAAAAUUCUGUGAUUAUACACAGGAAGAAAGUGAAGAUUCCAGAAAAGGAUGGGCAAUAUUUGGGGUGCUAUCUUGCAUAUUCUUUGUCUCUUCAACACUUUUUUGUUGUGGAGGGUUUAUUUACAAGACAAAAGUGGAACGCCAGCGUGGAAUUGAUGCAUUGCCUGGCAUGACAAUCCUAUCUGCAUGCUUAGAGACGAUUAGCGGAGCAGGACAAAGAUACAUGCGGGCAGAAGAACAAAAUAGUGCCUUUGGUGGCGAACCCUCCUGGGGCCCACCUCCUAGUUCUUCUCAAGAUGCAUGGAAACCAAUAGAAAGAAGAUAUGGAGCCAUUUGAAUAUUGGAUUGGUGUUAUUCAAUUUUUUUUUUUGUUGUAUUUGAAAGUCCCCUCAUUGAUUUAUCUAGCUUUUGGGAUAUUUUCCUACUAAAAGUUUCACUUGGACUAAGCUAGAUUUUAUGGAAAAUUGAAGGUAUCUCAUUUCUAGGGGGCAAAUAGAAAAAGAAAAAUAAAUAAAUCAAAGAAGGUUGGGAAGCAAAAAGGAAGAAGGAAAGAGAGUUAUAGCAUGAGUGUAGCUGCGAUAUUGCCAUUAACGCAUUCGCAGUGUGUUUAUUUUAUGGUAGAGUUCAAACUGCAUCAUCUAUUCAUGUAAUUAAUUUGGUUUGUAACUUAUCAUUGUUACUAAUAAUUGAUUUACUGCACAAGCUAGUUAUAAUUCAAACUGAAUAUGUUAUGAAAAAA